AUGGACGACCAGCAGACAAAGAUCUAUGUGCCCGACGCAGACGUGAGCUGGGUCGAGGCUGUGAUCACCAAGGGCCACCUCGUGAACGAGGCCACGGUCGAGGUGAUGGUCGAAGGCGACCCGACCGAGGAAUGUGCCGACCAGCAUCCUGAAGCCGGCGCGAUCCGCCAAAUCGACAAGUCGACCAUGUUGUUGCAAAACACGCUUGCAUCCGAGGACGGAUGUCCUGACAUGGUGAGUCUCAACUACCUCCACGAGCCAGCGAUUCUGUUCAACCUCAAGCACCGGUUCUUCAGACGGAUCCCUUAUACCUACACUGGUGCUAUUUGCAUUGCUGUGAAUCCCUACUCAUGGCUCAAUAUCUAUACAAAGGAGCUCCAGGAACAAUACCUGGAACGUGACCGCAGUGACCUUCCGCCUCAUGUGUAUGCCACGAGUGCAGGCGCGUUCCAGCACAUGCGUCUGUUCGGCGAAAAUCAGAGCAUUUUGGUAAGUGGCGAGUCGGGCGCUGGUAAGACCGAAACGACCAAGAUACUGAUGUCCCACUUGGCGUCGGCCGGCAGCCACUCGACAUCGGACGCUCAGGUCAAAGAGGCCGACAUUAUCGAGCGUGUGCUGGACGCGAAUCCGCUCAUGGAAUCGUUUGGUAAUGCGAAGACGUCGCGGAACGACAACUCGAGUCGAUUUGGUAAGUUCUCCGAGCUGCAGUUUGACACACUGGGACAGCUCAUUGGUGCUCGCUCCCGUACGUAUCUGCUGGAAAAGUCGCGUGUGUCGCUGCAAGGACUGGGCGAGCGCAACUACCACAUUUUCUACCAGCUACUGGCUGCCCCGGAAGACGUGACGACGGAAGUGAAGGUCACGGGCAUGCAGGCCAAGGACUUUCCGUUUAUUCGGCCGCACGAAGAAGACUUGGCCGCUGGAACUGACGUCAGUAUUGGUUUGAAAGACGCCGAGCGAUUCCAGCAGACAGUGUCGUGUCUGGAGACCAUGGGGGUGUCGAAGGAGGACCAGAUGAGCAUUUAUAAGGUCGUCGCGGCCAUUCUGCACCUAUCGCGAUUGCAGUUCGAGCCGACUCCUGGCAACGACGAUGCAUCACAGUUGACGGGCACGCCCGCGAACCAGCAAGCCAGCCAGCUGGUAUCGCAUUUGCUGGAGCUUGACGACGAUCAGUUGCACACUGCCCUGUGCACGCGCGAGAUGACGGCGGUCAUGGAAACGUACGAGGUGCCACUGAAUGUCUCGCAAGCCGAAGGCGCGCGCACAGCACUUGGCGUUGCUCUGUACUCGCACAUGUUUUCGUGGCUGAUCCAUCGCGUGAACAUAUCGACGAGCGCUCCACACGCGGACGUGGCGCACAAGAUUUGCAUCCUCGAUAUCUUUGGCUUUGAGAUCUUCGAGAAGAACUCGUUCGAGCAGUUGUGCAUCAAUUACGCGAACGAAAAGCUCCAGCAGAAGUUUACGCAAGACGUGUUCAAGUCCAUUCAGCAAGAGUACGAGGAGGAGGGCAUUCCCUGGACACGCAUUGAGUUUGCGGACAAUGUGAACGUCCUGUCACUGCUUGAGGGCCGUUUUGGCGUGCUGUCGUUGCUAAAUGAAGAGUGCAUGCGGCCUAAAGGCAGCGACGCUGCGUUUGCCAACAAGCUCAAGGCGCACUACAGCGACAACGAUCGCUUUGAGUGCCCGCGUUUUGCACGUGAUGCGUUUGUGAUCAAGCACUACGCUGGGCCCGUGCAGUACGACACGAGUGGCUUCUUGAUCAAGAACACUGAUGCACUGCAGAACGAUCUCAUUCUGCUGAUCCAGAAGUCCAAGGCGCCGUUCCUCAAGAAGCUGUUCCCCGACGAGCACCUGGGCGAUGCUAUGACGGGUUUGCCUGGCACGAAUGCAGCUGCUGCAGCAAAUGCAUUGCGUGGACGUCCUGGCAUCAAGCGCAAGAACUCGAUCGUCGCUGACACGGUGGGCACGCAGUUCAAGAGCCAGCUGAACGGCCUCAUGGAGGACAUUCGUCGCACGAACGUGCACUACAUUCGCUGCAUCAAGCCGAACGGCAAAAAGAGCGCGCAGCUCUUCAACAAGCUGCGUGUGACGGAACAGCUGCAGUGUGCUGGUGUCGUAGAGGCCGUUCGCAUCAGUAGAAUGGCCUAUCCCAACCGUGUGCUGCAGACGAUGUUCCUUGAACGGUUUCGUGGCGUUGCGUCGACCGCAACAGUUGACGGCAAACCGUCUGCGCUCGCUGUGCUGACUGCUACUGUCGACGAAAGCCCCGCGGACGAGGCCAAGACGGCCGCUGCGGUGCGUGAGCUGCUCGUGAAUCACCUGCUGCCGGGCAAAGAGAGCGAGUAUCAGAUUGGUAAGACGCGCGUGUUUUUCCGCCAAGGCGCUCUCGAGACGCUCGAAGAGCUGCGCACCCGCAAGUUCAAUGCCGCGGCUGUGGUGCUGCAGCGGUAUGCGAAGAAGUGGAUGGCGAUGGCGAUGUUCCAGAAGGUGAAGGAAGCAGCCGUCGUAGCGCAAAAGGUGUACCGGGGCCACCGGGCCGCUGCUUUGUACAAGAAGCAGCGCAAAGCUUCCGUGACGGUGCAGAAGUGCGUGCGCAGACACCGCGCGCAGCAGCUUUUGGUCUGCAUGCGCGAGAAGUAUCGGGCUACGCAGAUCCAAAACGUUUGCAAGAUGUUUGUCGUCCGGCGCAAGUACCUUGUCAAGAUCAAGGCCAUCCGUACGAUGCAGAGCGUUGUGCGCAUGUACUUGGCUAUCAAGGCGUGCUCGGUGCUGCAGAAGCAGGCAAAGGAAGACGCGAAGCUCGAGAAUCAGAUCCAGUUGCUGAAGAAGCGUUUGCAGCAGGAGCGUGAAGCGCGCAUUGAGCUGGAACUGCAGGCGCAACAUGGCAGUCGUGCUUCGGUGCACAUGCGUAGCGAAGAGGCCCUCGAGGAUGCGGACCUUGUGAUUGACCAGCUGCGACGCGAGAACGCUGCGCUCAAGGAGGGCAACACGAACUUGAAGGCGUACGGCGUGCAGCUCCGCAAGGAGAAGGAAGUGAUGGAGCGCGGGGCCUACGUGAACGGUGCAUCGUUCGCAGCUGCCAACCAGCGUGCAAUGAAGCUGCAGGACGAGAACGAAGCGCUGAAGAGCGAGCUUGCGCGGUACAAGACGGGUCAUCGCAACCUGAAGGCGCAGCACGCUGGUGUGAUGGAGAAGAUUACGCUGAUGCAGAGUUCGCUGAGCGAAGCGCUGGGCGAGCGCCAGGCACUGCGCCACACGGUGGACCACUUGAAGCAGCACACCGAUCACUUGCAGGGCGAGAACAUGGCGCUGGCUAAGGCCAACGCACGUCUUCGUUUGAUCUUGCGCCAAGACCCGGAGCUGAGCCGGAAGCACCGCGAAGAGGUUCCGCGGUUGACGAAGCUGGCACUGUCUUCGAAGCAGUCCCAGCCCAAGGUGGCCGUGAACAAGAUGACGACUGCCUUACCACCGUCCCAGGCCAUUGAGCUCUCGGAGCCUGUUGCGGGCAUGCGCAUGUCGCUAGCAGCACCGCAGCCGCCGCCGCCUUCGCCUCCCGUAGGGUCUAUCCCGGCUCCGAGCCAGUUGUCGGUGACUCCGAUCAAGCGCGCGAACACAUUGUCGACGAAGAAGCUGUCCCACGAGAGCUCCAAGUCGUCGCGCGUGGUGAACAUUCGCGACACGUCUGCUGCUGGUCCAGAAGAGGAACCUGCGGUGGUGCUGUCGCCGACGGAUGAGGUGCUUGGCGACCGUCUUUCGUUCGCUGAGGUCAUUAAGGGCCGUGAGCGCCGGUCGUCGUCCAUGUCGAGCACGGGGUCGUCUGGUGGCACCCCCGUUGCAACCGUUGUGGGGGCUACUGGUCCUCCCAAGAACACGGGGAUCCGGCAGCCGACGGGUGAAGACGGACCCCUUGAGGCACCUGGGAAGGUCAUGGGCAUCGUCCUGGAAGGCGAGCCCGAAGACAGCAGCGAUCGGGUGAGCUUCAGCGUGACGCUUGGACUGGACGUGCUUGAGGACAGCAAGCAGCCGCUCCAGCCUCAGCAGCAACAGCAGCAGCAGCGCAUGUCGCUUCCUGGUCCCGCACGAGUAGCAAACGGCGCGGGCAAGUCAAAGGGCCGCUCUCGUCGCGGCUCGUACGACCGGGCCGAGGCGUUCAACAAUAACAACAAUGGUGAGGGCAGGCGGAGCGCUUCGACGCGCCAGUCGUUCACGGGCGGCCCUGAAGGCGGACGGUCGUCGUACGACCGCAACGAGUCGUACGGAGGGAACUCGUCGCUUCGACAGUCGCUUACGGGUGGCAGCCACCACAAUAACACUGGCAAUCGUGGCCGCUCUCGUCGCGGGUCAUACGACCGCAAUAGCGGCGGGUACAAGAGUCGGCAAACGAGCGAUACGAUGAGCAAUGCGAGCAACGGCAGCAAUGGCAAUGGUGGCAAGCGCAUUGAGCUCUGA